AUGAAAAACGGGAAGAAGUUGCUCAGGGCAGUUAUGACACCGACACGAAGAGUUGAUAAAGAUUCAAACGAAGAAUUCAUUGCAUUUUUGACAAUUAAUAGUCGGAAUAGAGCCAUUGUCAUUGCUAACCAAGUAGCUAAUGGCCUCACAACGCCACCUGUGAUUUCAAAAAAUCUCUCGAAAAUUCGAUACGAAAAGCUCAAGGGACCAUAA